CGCAAGAUGUUCUACUCUGGGAGCUUACAGGAGGGUAUCGCUGCGGCAGUCGCUGAGAGCAAGGCUGUCGUUUGCUUCGUUAGAGAUGAUGAGCAGACGAGCACAGAAUGGGAGGAGAGCUACUUUACGUUUGAUGAGGAGUUAUCGCAACUACUCCAAUCGAGAGCUGUCCUCUUGCGCUUCACCAAAGGUAGUCAGGAAGCGGGCUUUCUGGCCUCUUUUUGUCCCAUCGUCAAGUUUCCUACCGUCGUCGUGAUAAAGAAUGGUAUGAUGUGCGAUUACCUCGUGCCGGACAUUUCCAAGGAGGACUUUCGCGAUCGCCUACUUGUGAAGCUGGAUGAGAGUCGCGCACCGGUUCAGCAGGAUGUAGGGAGUGCAGGUGCUGCUGGGGGUGAGACGACGUCUGCACCGGUGGCUUCUGAUGCUCCUGCGACUGUGUCUCCUCCUGCGCCGGAACCUGUGUCUUCUGCGCCUGUACCGGCACCAGCGCCUGUCGCAGAGCCAACUCCUACACCAGCUCCAUCUCAGCCUGCACCCCAGCCCUCGACAACUGAGCCAGAGCAACCCCGCGAUGCAGCUAUUCGUGAAGGAAAGAGACGAGUAGACGAUGCGCGAGCCGAGCAACAACGUCCGUCCCCGACCAAGAAACUCCAACAACAGAAGAAGCAAGAACCAGCACCUAAGCCGACUCCCCGACCAGUCACACAAGAGAGCAAGCCCAAAUCUAAGCCCACCCCCGAAGAGAAGCCAUCCUCCGUCACCCCCAAAGAGUCCGCCACCCAACCCGCUGAACGGCGCCCACCCUCCCCUCCGAAGCAAUACCGUCUCCAAGUGCGUCUCUUCGACGGCAGCUCCGUGCGCUCCAGCUUCACUCCCACCCAGACUAUCCGCAACGACGUUCGUCCCUGGCUUGAUGGUCAGAUGGAAGAGCGCAGCCCCUACAACCUCAAACACAUCCUGACGCCUCUCCCGAAUCGCACCCUCACCAUUGCCGACGAGGAGCAAACUCUAGCCGAGCUGGGACUCGGCAGCUCCGCCAACCUGGUCAUGGUUCCGAUCCAGUCCUACACGGAGGCAUAUUCCGGCGCGGGUGCGAGUCUGCCAGUCCGAGCGGUGUCGUCUGCCUACGGACUGGUGUCGUCGGCGGUUGGUACUGCGACAGGGCUUGUGGGAUCGUUCUUUGGGUAUGGAACGACGCAGUCGUCGGGCAGUGAGACUACGCCGGCUGCUAGCACGGCUUCGUCGGGGUCGAAUGAUGCGGGGCGUAGACGGGUGAAUGCAUCCAGGGGACCGAUCAUUCGGACGUUGAGGGAUGCGCAGAAUGAGGGGGAUGAUCGGCAGUUUUAUAAUGGGAAUCAGUUGAACUUUCAGCCUCGAAAUGAUGGAGACAGACGAUAGUGAGCCAUGUUCUAGUGCAAUAUACUGAAGUUCCUGCCAUGUAUGUAUCAAACUCCUACUACUUCCUUUGCUUGCAGCGAAGCAUGUAUGUACCUCUAUGAG